UUCGCUUGUUUUUGCUGUUUGAACUGUCUGUCAUAUUAUUAAAAAUGUCCCUCUCCAGCGAUGGUGAAUGUCGCACAGUUCUACAGCAAUAUAAAUAUGGACUGCACAAGAUAUUAUGUGUCAUCAAAAUAAUGCCGGAUAAAAUAAGUUUAUACAAAAGGGAACCGGAGAUUGACUUUAACUGGAUGACAGCUGCUCAUUGGGCAAAACUUGAGAGCAGUUUAUGGAGACUAUUUGACAGCCUUAGCCACUGGAAGCAAGAUUCACGCACGUUAAAGACCAAGAUGCUCGUGGAUCACAUUGAGGUGUCGAUCAGGGCAACAGAAAAGUAUCUGACGGCAGCACAGACACUGCUGAUAAAUGAGGCGUUAACACAAAAUGAUCUGGAACUAGAGAUUGCGCUCAGAUACAUGUCCCAGGAGGAUACAACAGUUUUUAAUGCACAGCCGAUAAAGCGCAAACACGAUGUAGAAACGAAGGCAACACAGCUGAAAACGGAUGGCGAUUAUCCUGUUGACUCCAGCUCUGAUAUUAAAAACACACAAAUAUCGAGGAGCAGUGACUCUGACAGGACUAAGCGGGCUAAAUUGCGGGACAAUGAUAACGAACCGUCUAGAGUCAGCAGCCGUUCGGCUACCACAAAGAUAGGUCGAAACCGGGAGCGCAGAUCCAUUUCCCAUGACAGUCACCGUGGCAAGAUCAUGCCGCCUUCCAGCAGAAGUGAACGCACAACGCGCCGAAGCGGAAGCGGCGGUCGAACGCCCAAGCGUUCCAAAAGUCCACUUUUAAUAUCAAAUUCCGACGAGUCAAAGCCGGAGCGUCGUUCAGCUCGUUCACCUAAGAGGCCGGAUCAUUAUAAUGAAAACAAUGUUGGUCAAAGAAAAACUCAAAAAACCAAGUCAAAAGCGGGGGAGAAUAAUGUACUUUCCAGAUCUGACAAAAAUUCAAUAAAAAGACAACAAAGCACAAGGAAUAAAGCAGCAUCAUCCGCGGUUGCCAAUGGAAAUUCUUUGAAAUUUGAGCAACUCGAUGAUGCGCGUAUCAAUGUUGAAGCUCUAAAGAAAAUAAACGAAAUGCUGGACGUUCCCAAGCCACGGAAAGUUAAGAUCCUGCUGCUUGAGGAUAUGGACGAGCCAACAGUAUUAAACACAUUCGAGACAUAUCGUGAGGACUUUGAUCGACUCUUCAAGGAACGCGAGAAAAAGUUCCAUACUAUAAGCUACAUGUCAAUCGAUCACUGUCAUACCAUGGACAUUUUAAACAAAACGAUACGCGACAACAUGAUUAAAAAACUGGCUGAAGUAUAUAGUAAAUCAGGUCCUCACGGUACGCUGGUUCUUAAUGGCCUAUUGCCGCUGUGGAUAGUUCGUCUCUUUAUGGACAAAUACAAGUUCUCACAUGAUGAGGCAGUGCGUCAAAUUGCGGACCAACUGAAGUACAACACCUACCUGAAAGCUGUUAACAAUGAUCCACUUAGCUCGGACUUAGAUGAUUGAAAUUGUAGUUACGCAUACAUGCAUGCUCAAAAAUUAUGAAUCAUAUAUAAAUUUUAUCUAUUUAACGUUAGCAUUCAAUUAUAUAUUUCUGUUUUGAAUCAUUCA